ACAAGCUGCAACACGUUCCAUCGCAAUGCAAUUGAGUUGCGUUACUCUGGUCAAGACAAAAAAUGCCGGCACCAAAGAAUCCUCCCUUCAGAGCAGAGCAGCUAGGUUCGCUCAAGCGUCCCGACAACCUUCUGGCUGCCCGCCGUGACGUACACGAGCACAGAGCAACCGAAGACUCAUUGCCUGCCAUCGAGGAUCAAGCUAUCAAGGAUAUCGUCAAGAUACAACAAGACUGUGGGAUCCACGCUCUGAGUGAUGGAGAAUAUCGCCGUCACAUGUUCUGGGGAACAUUCUUCCCGUCUCUCAAAGGCUUCACCGAGAUCCAAGGCCCGGAUGCAGACAUCUUCAGACCAUAUGUUCCUGAUAUUGCUGCUUUUCUCGAGGUAGACCAUGUACCUGGUGAGACCGUUAUCUGUGAUGGAAAGAUCGAACACACUGGAAGGAGCAGUUACAUCGAGCAAUUUGAGUACAUGAAGAGCAUUGUGUCCAAAGAGCAGUGGGGUCACAUCAAGCUCACACUCGCUGCUCCUAACUGGUAUCACUUGAGAUACAAGACUGGACAGGCUUACCCCAAGGAAGUCUAUGCCAAUGAUCAGGAGUACUUUGCCGACAUUGCAAAGGCAUACCAGACCGAACUUCAAAUUCUCUACGACGCAGGAUUGAGAAACGCUCAAGUCGACGACCCAAACCUCGCCUACUUCUGCUCCGAGGCCAUGCUCGAGGGCUGGAAGAAGGACAAGUCAAACACUCAGACUGCCGAUGAACUCUUCGAUAGCUACAUCUCCUUCUACAACGACUGCUUCAAGCGUCCCGCAGACAUGCAUCUCGGAAUUCAUCUCUGCCGUGGUAACUUUGUAAAUUCGCGCCACUUCAGCGAAGGAGGAUACGACCGUAUCGCAACAAAGCUGUUCCAAAAUCUGAACGUCAGCACCUACUACCUCGAAUACGACACCCCUCGCGCUGGAGGUUUCGGGCCAUUGAAGCAGCUGCCUAAGGACAAAUUCGUCGUCCUGGGCGUUGUCACCAGCAAAUUCCCUAAACUCGAGAAUAAGAAGGAGAUGGUAGAUAGAGUUUACAAGGCUGCUGAUUUUGUGGCAGAGGGAAGCGGAGAGAGUAGAGAGCAGGCAUUGCAGAGGAUUGGUGUCAGCCCGCAAUGUGGAUUUGCUAGCCACAGUGAGGGUAAUUUGUUGACUUAUGAUGACAUGAUUGAGAAGUUGAAGUUGGUUAGAGCGAUUGCUGAUGAGGUUUGGCCGGGUGAGCCUUAG